UAAUCAAUUCUUGAGAGCUAUCUGAUCCUCCUCGUUUCCAACAUAAAAAAUCAAUGUCUAGUUCUCACAAAAAGUGGAGUUCAUCAUCGUCAUAUGAGAAGUACGAGGUAAGGAAUCGAAACCCAAACCCUAAAUCAUGUGCACUUUUAGUCAUCGACAUGCAGAACUACUUCUCUUCCAUGGGAUCCUCAAUUCUUCACAACCUCAACACCACCAUUACCCUCUGCAGACGCGCUUCCAUUCCCGUGAUAUUCACGCGCCACCGCCACAAGUCUCCUUCCGACCACGGCAUGCUAGAGGAGUGGUGGUUUGGAGAUCUCAUUGUCGACGGUACCGAAGAGGCUCAGCUCAUGACGGCGUUGGACCGCAACAGUGGGGACACGGUGGUGGAAAAGAGUACAUACAGCGCGUUUAGGAAGACGGGUUUGGAAGAAAAACUGGUGGAGAUGGGCGUGGAUGAGGUUAUAGUGACGGGCGUCAUGACUAACUUGUGCUGUGAGACGACGGCGCGUGAGGCUUUUAUUAGAGGGUUUAGGGUGUUCUUCUCCAUUGAUGCAACUGCUACCUCUGAUAUAGAUCUUCAUGAGGCUACUUUGAAAAACAUGGCUUAUGGUUUUGCUUACUUUAUUGAUUGUCACAGGCUCAAACAAGCCCUUAUCCCUAAUUAAAACCAAAAACUCAAUCUUGGGUGAUAAAUUUUAUAGUGUAAUUAGUGUUUUGUUGUAACUGAAUUUCUGGAACAUUAUACUUGUUAUAUAUGUGUGACAUGAUAUCAGUAAAAUAUAAUGUGUGGACAUUAUAUGCAAUGUAAAUUUUUUGUUAUAUGUGACACGAACAUCAAACACGAUAAGUAUUGUUUUGAGAAACUUGGAGUUA